AUGCAACGUCUUCUUUUCUCCGUGGUUCUUUCCGUCUUCUUUGCAUCAGUCAUCGCCUCCCCCCAGUAUGAAAGUGGAGGGGAUGGGGGAGGAGACUCUGGAGAUCCAACUUCCUUUUCGAGCGAUUCGCAAUCCGGAUCAGGUUCGAGCUCGGGAGGAACAGACAGCUCAUCAAUUCCUACCAGCGGAAACCAAGUCUUAAUCGCCCACGCGGUCCUAGCAACAGUAGCAUGGGCCUUCUUCUUCCCCAUGGGCGCCAUCAUGCUGCGUCUCAACAUCAAAUCCCCGAUCAUGCUCAAGCUCCAUAUCUAUUUCCAGAUGUUCGCAUACCUGAUCUACGUCGCUGCCGCCGGCAUGGGCAUCUGGCUCACCAUCUACAUCUCGAGAUAUUACGACUCCUGGGCCGACCCGCAUCCCAUGAUUGGCCUGGUUCUUCUCAUCGUCGCCACCAUCCAACCCCUCAGCGGCUGGAUCCACCAUCGCAUAUACCAUAAACGCGCAGUAACCCUGGCCACGACCAACCGUGGACCACGACCUGGACGCACCAUGUGGGGCCGCGCCCACCUCUGGCUGGGGAGGGGUCUCAUCACUCUUGGAAUCGUGAACGGUGGCCUGGGCAUAAAGAUGCUGGAGGACAGUCCCUUCCAAGCCAGGAGCGUCACCCGUAAUGCCGCGAUCGGAUAUGGCGUCGGCGCCGGAGUGAUGUGGUGCAUCUACGUCUUCAUCACCGUCGUCUGGGAAUGGACAAGGCCGGCACGGAAGAGGCAGCAGUUGAAUGACAACUCCGAGUCCAGAAGGAGCGCCAAGUCGCAGUCGUCGAGUGAAGGCUCGUUGACGAACGAACCCAAAUCCCCUGCUCGAGGUUGA